CGGCCCCUGCCUGGAAGCAGCUGGACUUCCUCCUUCCAGGCUCCUGUCUGGGUCAUCGCGUCUGUCCGUCCCUGGCCCCGCUCUCCGCCCAGCAGCUGUCUCUCCCCUGGUCUCUCGCCCCCCUGGGUGGCUGCCAUGGGCCGGAAGAGGAGGCUCAUCACCGACUCCUUCCCCAAAGUGAAGAGGAGGAAGGGCGGGCCGGGGCCUGGCAAAGAGGACGCGGAGCCCGAGCCAGGGCUGCGAGGGGAGGAGCCAGGGGAGGAGCCGCUUGCACCCCUGGAGGACAAAACUCAUUUAGAGAUACUGAGGCAGUUUGACCUGGACAGGCACUUCGGCCCCUGCACGGGGAUCACUCGGCUUCAGCGCUGGGAACGGGCAGAGCAGCUGGGCCUGGCUCCUCCCCAUGAGGUGCUCAAGGUGCUGUGGGCCCACCCUGGAGACCCCCAGUACCAGUGCAGCCUCUGGCACCUGUACCCCAUCUAAAGGAGGCAGUCCCGAAGUCCAGCCCGGCGCCUUCCCAGGGGCCUUCACGAUGGACAGGGGAGCCCACUGCUGUUUCUUCAGACAACCCCCUACUAGAGGGGUCUUGGGGGCGGAGGCUGGAGCGGCAGCUUCCCUAGGGAAAGGAAUAAACCCGAGUUCCAGGACUCCAUGCUGGGGGAGGGGACUCCUCUGACCUGCCAGUAGCCAUAGUGACCUCUCAAGCAAGCUCAGCCACCCAGCAGCAGCAGCAGAAUCUUUUUAGAAAGCCAGCGGGCGGCUUCCCGGCCCCCCAUCCCUGACCUGGGUCCCUGACAGAGGGCGGGGCAGAGAACAGGAGCUCAGCUGGGCCAAGGGGGUCCCCGCGGGGGAAGCAGGUGGGGGCGGGGCUUCGAUGGGACAAACUAAUAAAAGAUAACUGGCAGCGA